GGCGAGCGGCCGCGGGGCGGUGGCGGCGCUGGCGUAGACGUUUCCUGGCCAUGGUGGUGGUGGCAGCGACGCCGAACGCGGCCGCCGCGGCCCCGAAAGUACUGCUUCUAUCGGGCCAGCCCGCCGCGGACGGCCGGGCGCUGCCACUCAUGGUUCCAGGCUCGCGGGCAGCAGGGGCCGAGGCGAGCGGGGCGCCGCAGGCUCGCAAGCGGCAGCGCCUCACGCACCUGAGCCCGGAGGAGAAGGCGCUGCGGAGGAAACUGAAAAACAGAGUAGCAGCGCAGACUGCCCGAGAUCGGAAGAAAGCCCGGAUGAGCGAGCUGGAACAGCAAGUGGUGGAUUUGGAAGAAGAGAACCAAAAACUGAUGUUAGAAAAUCAGCUUUUACGAGAGAAGACUCAUGGCCUUGUGAUUGAGAACCAGGAGUUAAGAACUCGCUUGGGAAUGGAUGUGCUGGCUACUGAAGAGGCUCCAGAGACAGAGUCCAAGGGAAAUGGAGUAAGGCCGGUGGCCGGGUCUGCUGAGUCCGCAGCACUCAGACUACGUGCAUCUGCAGCAGGUGCAGGCCCAGUUGUCACCUCCCCAGAACAUCUUCCCAUGGAUUCUGACACUGUUGACUCUUCAGACUCCGAGUCUGAUAUCCUUUUGGGCAUUCUGGACAAGUUGGACCCUGUCAUGUUUUUCAAAUGUCCAUCCCCAGAAUCUGCCGAUCUGGAGGAGCUCCCAGAGGUCUAUCCAGGACCUAGUUCCUUACCAGCCUCCCUUUCUCUGUCAGUGGGGACCUCAUCAGCCAAGCUGGAAGCCAUUAAUGAACUCAUUCGCUUUGACCAUGUAUACACCAAGCCUCUAGUCUUAGAGAUCCCUUCUGAGACAGAGGGCCAAACUAACGUGGUAGUGAAAAUUGAGGAAGCACCUCUCAGCUCUUCAGAGGAGGAUCACCCUGAAUUCAUUGUCUCAGUGAAGAAAGAACCUUUGGAAGAAGACUUCAUUCCAGAGCCAAGCAUCUCAAACCUGCUUCCAUCCAGCCACUGUCUGAAACCAUCUUCCUGCCUGCUGGAUGCUUAUAGUGACUGUGGAUACGAGGGCUCCCCUUCUCCCUUCAGCGACAUGUCUUCUCCACUCGGUAUAGACCAUUCUUGGGAGGACACUUUUGCCAAUGAACUCUUUCCCCAGCUAAUUAGUGUCUAAAGAGCCACCCCACACCGGGCCCUUUCCUUGACCAUUAUACUGCCUAGAGGAUAGCAGAGAAAGAUUCCUUUAAAGUAUUCUUUUAAACCUCAUAUCUGACUUCCAAGUAUUGUCUUUUCACAUCCAGCCAUCUAAGGUAUUCAAAAAUAAUGGAAUUCAGGACUACAGCUUUUGAGAUUGUUUUAACUUAAAGGUGGUAGAGUUUGCCCCACAAUACAAGGAGGGUCAUUUGACAGUUAUUUCCCAGGUUGGCUUUAAACUAUGUAGGUGAGGCUAGGCUGGAACUCUUGACCCUCCUGUCUCUAUCUCCCAAGUGCUGGCUUACACAGGUGUGCACUUCCACACCUGCCUCUUGACAUGUCCUAAAGUGGACAUGGGGUUUAUGAAUGGCCUUUGAUAGUUUCUCUUUCCCGCCUCUCAGCUUCCCAGGGUUUAGUUUACUUCUACAAGCAUAAACCCCAACCUGAUGGGGCUUGUUUAUCCUUAUGUACAGUACGAGUGAAGAUCAAGAAUCUUUGUAAAUUAUAGAAAUUUACUAUGUAAAUGCUUGAUGGAAUCUUCUUGCUAGUGUAACUUCUGGAAGGUGCUUUCUCCAUUUAUUUAAAACUACCCAUGCAAUUAAAAAAGCAAUGCAGCA